AUGGCUGUCGACCCCACGUCUGUUGGCCUUCCCGAUGACCAUUGGCGUCCUACGUACGAGGACAUUCAUAUUCUAAUCAAAAACAUUUCAGAAAAAAUUCGUGGCGAAUUCAAGCCGGACUUGAUGGUGGCCAUUGGCGGCGGAGGCUUUUUCCCAGCUCGUGUCCUCCGCACCUUUUUGAAGAAGCAAGAUGAGAAAAAUCCGGAGCAGUUGCGCAACGUGCCCAUCCAGGCGGUUGGCCUGAGCCUGUACGAAGAGGUCGCUGGUAUUUCGGAGGAGAUGAUUGGCAAAGAGGUAAUCCGCACACAGUGGCUUGACUCUCGCAGCAAGUCCACACCCAACAGCGACUUGAAGGAUGCGGGGGGCCUCCUGGGAAAGAAUGUAUUGAUUGUCGACGAAGUCGAUGAUUCGCGCACUACCUUGCACUAUGCAUACAAUGAACUACUGAAGGACGUGCGGAGCACGAUCGCGGAACUGUCUCCAGAAGAACGCGCAAACCUCCCCCCGACGCGCUUCGCCAUCUUUGUGGUGCACAAUAAACUCGGCCCGAAGCGUGCAGAGCUCCCUGUUCUCACGUCGCCCGCAGACGACAAAAUCGAGGACGGCGUCAGCAAAGGCGUAUAUUACUAUGCAGCAGAGACAAUGCCCCCUGUAUGGAUCGAUUUCCCUUGGGAACAAAUCGAUAUUGCAGAGCACAACCGCCUUGCCGCGCUCGCUCGUCAGCACGGCCUCAGCGCGCCGCGACGGCGCGGAGCUUAG